AUGUACACCAAGCUCGCCCUCCUUGCCAGUGUCACCGGUGUUGCUACCGCUCUUACUAUCAACAGUCCUGCCUCUUUGAUCGAGUGUCAGCCGACCUCCCUCUCUUGGUCUGACGGUACCUCCCCUUACUACCUUGCUAUCAUCCAUGGUGGUGAAGUGUCUUCCAGUGCUUACGAGUCAUUCGACGCUGUUGACUCUUCUCCCUACACCUGGACCGUCAACCUGGCUUCCGGCACCAACGUUACCAUUAGGGUUACCGACUCUGACGGAACCAUCGCCUACAGUUCUCCUGUCGUGAUCCAGUCUGGUUCUUCCUCUUCCUGUCUCACUUCCAGCAUAUCUGGUGUCUCGACCUCCAGCAGCGGCACCUCUGACGGAAGCUCUUCUACCGCUGCUGCUUCGACGACCGGCUCAGGCUCUUCUUCCACCGCCGCCUCCUCUGGGUCAACUAGCGCUGGCUCAUCCGACUCCUCUACCUCUGCGUCGGCCUCUUCCUCCACCUAUUCAUCUUCAUCUUCCAGCGCCUUCCUUACCAAGACGACUUCUUUCGCUGCUUCGUUCGCUGGCUUGGCUGCUGUUACCUUUGCUGCUCUCGCUUAG